GGAAAGUUCGUACUGUAACCUAGUACAAGGUUCAGUCUUGAUUUCAAUUCUGUGCCCGAGUCACUGCGCCUUUAAAAGAGGGCUGUACUCGUAACAGGUGGAGUAUACAGCAGUAUCUUUUCUCUAUACUCGCUGUACCUGCAAUCUCGUGUUUACUACUGUGCUGGCUGCAAGCAAGCAAGCGUCGCUAAAGGAACAGAGAUUUACAGGGGCUGCUCAACAAGGCGGGUUUAAAGCGUUGAUCUAGACACGGCUGAAUUUGAAAAAACAAAACAAAUAAAAAAAAAAAAACAUCGGCAUACAGACAACCUGUGUGGCAUCCUUGACGUCAGCGUGAUCGUGUUACCCCUGUGUCUUUCAACCCAGUUACCUGGUGAGGAUGGUUUGACCAGGCUGACCAAUGGGCCGAUCUCCUACUACCCUGACCAAGCUGAAGCUGGGAAAGCUGAAGGUCGUGCGGUGCCAGUUAUUGCAGCGCUAUGAGCACCAGCCCUUCAUCUCCUGCCUGGCCGGCCUCUAUGGCUGCCAAUGGAAGAGGUACCAGAGGGCAAGAGCCCAGCCUGGGGAGUGCUGCUGCAACAGACUGGAGUGCUGCAGUUUUGGAAUCCUGAUACUUGCUUUUUGCCUUUCUCUGGUGUUUUUAUAUUUCUGGAGUGAAGCACAGAAUGACUACAAUGAUUUUGACUGGUUUAACUAUGAGAGUUUGGGUUAUUGGUUCCCAUGGUCGAUGGUAUUGCUCGUUGUAGCAGCGGUAUUAUUCACCUAUGUUGCUCUGUUGCUGGUACUGGCGGUCUGUUUACUGUCAGAAGGCCAGCGCUUGUAUUUGCAUUGGAGCCACAAGAUUGGCAUUCUGGUGACUCUAGUGUUCUCCAUAGUGGCCAUUACAGUUUUGUCAGACUUGUGGAGUAAAGAAUGGACAACUCUUCUCCUUUCUUUCCAGGUGACCGCACCUUACCUACACUUGGGUGGAGUGGCUGCAGUGACACUGCUGUCCUGGCCAGUCGCCUUACACUUCUCUAGAAUGAAUAAGAAAGUCCGCCAGGUGCUGAUUAUGGGGGUGUACCUGAUGGUCCUCUUUACCCUCUACCUGGUGCCCCUGGGCAUGUACUCCCCCUGCAUCAAAGAAGAGGGAACCCUGGGACCAGCGCCAGCCCUCAUUGGACACAGAGGAGCACCAAUGCUUGCACCAGAAAAUACGAGAAUGUCGUUUGCGAAAGCCAUUGAAUUUGGAGGAGAAGGUUUGGAGACCGACGUCACCAUCAGUUAUGAUGGAGUGCCAUUCCUGAUGCAUGACCGGGAUCUGAAGAGAACCACUAAUGUCCACGAGGUGUUUCCAAACAGGACGACGGAGCUGGCCUCCAUGUUCACCCUGGGAGAACUGGAGAUGCUCAACGCUGGGGAGUGGUUCAUUUCGGGCGACCCCUUUGGAACGAAAGCCUUGCUCUCUGUCAAGGAUCAAAGGAAAGCGGAGAACCAGUCCAUUAUGAACCUGAGUGACUUCCUUAACCAGGCUGCCACCCACCACAGACUGGUGAUAUUCAAUCUGUGCCGGCCUCCCCAAGACCAUCCCUACAGAGACUCCUGGAUCAGCAGGACCCUGGAGGUCAUCAGCAAUGAGUCCAGCAUUGACCCCAGUCUGGUUCUGUGGCUACCCAAUGUGGAGAGGUCCCUGGUUCAGGAUCUCAUUCCUGGGAUGCAGCACACAUCUGAAGAACAGGCCCCCGUUGAGGAACUGCAGAAGAACCACAUAGUCAAGCUGAACCUCCACUACAGUCAAAUGUCUGCCAAACAAGUCAGUAAAUAUGCUGCUGCCAAUAUCACCACAAACCUGUAUGUGGUUAGUCAGCCCUGGCUGUAUUCUUUAGCCUGGUGUUCAGGUGCUCACUCUGUCACCACCAAUGCAGUUCACAUCCUCAAGAACCUAAGUCAACCACUGUUUCUCAUGACUCCUCAUGAAUACAACCUGAUGUGGAUUCUGACAGACGUGGUGUCUGCAUUUCUCAUUCUAGUUGUAUUUGUAUUCCAUUGGUGGAGAGAGAGGGGGUUACCCUGCUGUUCAGGCAGUAGACAAACUCGUGAAAAUGGUCCAUACAGCAAGUUCAGGACUGAGCUUAGCGAUGUGUGGUCCAUCUCCAGCGUCGAUGUUCCAGGUGAGGUCCGGAGCCUCCACACCACCCCCAACCUGUCCACCAUCUCUGAGGUCCACGAGCCCCCAGUCUGAGACCACCGGCCUGCCCAAGACCUUCGGAACAGGACCGAAGUGGCCACACAUGGAGAGGCAGGGGAACGCAACUUCAAACCCGACAGCAGGGUUUGGAUUCACCCCAAAAACAACUUCAUUACCAUGCUUCUCCACAUCACUUGCUUCAUGCCUGUCUUUUGAGGACCCAUCAAUAGACAAUUUGUGACUUCUUUGGGCCUUGCAAAGCUGGUCAGGUACGAUGUGGGGUGGGAGGGUCAUUUUUAUCCUCCUUCAUCCCAGUGUGCUUUUAAAUGGAUGCUUGAAUUCUCCUAAAUCACCUAUGGUAAGUUUUUAGGUGCAGGGACCUAGAAUCUAUUUAUGUGGAGAUAUUUUCUAGGACACAGUACCUGAUAACCCUAUGUGUGAUUUAUUGGGAGUGAAGAGGAUACGCAUAUGUAUUCACAACAGCUGAUAUCUAAGGCUGUAACUACUUGCCAGUGAAUGCAGCCCUAAUCUCUAAAGAUCUGUAUGCAGGAUUUAAUUUCUAGGGAUAUCCUGCCCAAUGUAUAGGAGAAGCAGAAUUGGAACUCUUCUUUUUAAAUAGUCCCAUUGAAUCUAGUGUCCACAACAGAUACAAGACCUAAUUUUAAUGUUUAAUCCAAAAGAAAGACCUUCCACAGGACAGCCCCUCCUCUUAAUACUAUUUU